AUGAAGAUCCUUUGUCAUGGGGACUAUGACUCUGAUUUCAGUGACGAUGAAACCAGCAAGAAGCCUGCCCAGGAGAGGAAUAGGAAUGAAGAUGCGUUACUUACAAAGCCCUUCCAGAAAGAAAAACAGAGCAAGGUGGCCCACAGACAGGUAGCGACAGAUGAAUGGGACAGGGAAGAAGCAAGAAAUCGAAGAUUUCAUUUAAUAGCAAUGGAUGCUUAUGCAAGGCAUAAGAAACUUGUGAAUGACUACAUUUUAUUCUACGGUGGUAAGAAAGAAGACUUCAAACGUUCAGGAGCAAAUGACAAGACAGACCUUGAUAUUGUGAGGGAAAACCACAAAUUCUUGUGGAGAGAGGAAGACGAAGUGGACAUGACCUGGGAGAAGAGGCUUAGCAAGAAAUACUACGACAAGUUAUUCAAAGAGUACUGUAUAGCAGAUCUGACUAAAUACAAAGAGAACAAGUUCGGGUUUAGAUGGAGACAUGAGAAAGAGGUGAUAUCAGGAAAAGGACAGUUUACCUGUGGCAGUAAACACUGUGAUGAAAAGGAAGGCCUGAAGAGUUGGGAGGUGAAUUUUGGUUACGUUGAGCAUGAGGAAAAGAAAAAUGCGCUUGUUAAAUUGAGGCUCUGUCCAGAAUGCUCUUACAAAUUAAAUUUUCACCACAGGAGAAAAGAAGUCAAACCAAAGAAGAAGAGAGCAAGCUCCGAACAGAGCUCUAAAGCGCUAAAAAGUAAGAAGGCGAAAUUAUCUUCACCACGAAAACACAAGACAAAAAAGAAACAUGACGAUCAAGAGUCAGAAGAAUCAGAUGAUUCUGAUAAAGGUUCGGCCAAUAGUGAUGACCAAGAUGGUCCCUCAGAUGGUGAUUUUUGGAAGGGUCCUCUGCAAGAGACAGAAGAAAAAACACGGGAGGAAGAAUUUGACGAGUACUUUCAAGACUUGUUUCUCUGAAAUACAGCGUGGAGAUCUCAAU